AUGCCACACCAACAACGACAACAACAACUCAACGUCAUUGCCCUGAUAUCUGGCGGCAAAGACUCUCUCUACACCAUCCUCCACUGUCUUAAAAAUGGACACAAGGUUGUUGCGCUCGCGAACCUCCAUCCGUCUCUGCAGCCACAGCGCAGCUCUAAUUAUGCUACAUACCUAACGGCGGGGUCGUUGCGAUGCGACGACCGGGAUGGAGAUGUUGUCCAAAAGGGUAGAGCUGGCGAGGAGGAAGGUAACGGAGAUGGAUUGCUUGGCCAAUUGGGGAAAGAGGAGGAGGAGGAGGACGACGUCGUCGUAGAAGAAGAAGACCUCCACAGUUACAUGUACCAAACAGUCGGCCACAGUAUAAUCCCCCUGUACCAAUCCGCCCUGGACAUCCCGCUCUACCGCGCUCCAAUCCACGGCACAGCCAUCAACAUAUCGCGCGACUAUCAGGAACCUCCUCCACCGUCAUCAUCAUCAACAUCAUCAACAGCAGCAGCAGCAGCAACAGACGAAACAGAAUCUAUCUUCCACCUCCUCCAACAGAUACUAACGGUCCACCCAACUGCCAAUGCCGUCUGCGCCGGCGCCAUCCUCUCCACUUACCAGCGUACGCGAGUUGAGAACGUCGCCAGCCGUCUGGGAUUGACCACCCUGGCCUGGCUGUGGAUGUACCCAACCCUUCCACCGCCAGCGGAACGUGAGUUGGUCCCACCUCGCUCCCCCGCAGCCAUCGCGGGAUUGUUAGAGGAUAUGGCCGCGUGCGGCUGUGAGGCGCGGAUUAUUAAGAUUGCUAGUGGCGGGUUGGAUGUGGAAGAUCUGUGGGGGAAUGUUACAGGGAAAGCGGACGGGGGCGGCGAUGUGACCAGGAGGAAGUUGGUGAAGGGAAUGGGGAGGUUUGUUGGGGAAGGGGAGGUGGAGGGGGCGGUGUUGGGCGAGGGUGGGGAGUAUGAGACUAUUGCGCUGGAUGGGCCGGGGGUUUUGUGGAAGGGGAGGAUUGUUGUUGAGAGGAUUGAAAGGAGGGUAGGAGAGGGGGGUGUGGCUACUGCGAGGAUUAGGGGGGCCAGGUGUGUGCGGAAGGACGGGAACGGGGAUGGUGGGGAACUAGGGCUGGUGAGAGUGCCGCAGCUGUUUGAUGCUGGGUUUAAGAGGCUCUUGGAUGAAAUGAUGUUGUGCAGGUGGAAGUAUGAGGAUGUCGGAGAAGAGCUCCAGGAUCACCAGUCACAUGGUGACAGUGAUGGUAAUGAAAGCUGGAAGGUGGCUGUAUCCCAAAUCAAGGGAGAAAAUAUCUGGACUAUCUCAAACGUCUCUGCCCCUGAAAUUGGCUUGGGGGCGGGGAAUCAGAUGGCAGCUAUUGCACGAAAGCUCAAGUUGAUAUUACAAUCUACCGCCAUGGCUGCCGAAAACACACCCACCCCAACGACCGCGGACAUCAUCUUCACCACCCUCCUCCUACGAUCAAUGGACGACUUCGCUUUGAUAAACCCCAUCUACGCCUCUCUAUUUACUAAACCGAACCCCCCCGCUAGAGUGACCGUGGCAUGCGGGGAUACCAUGCCGCCCGGCGUGGACGUCCUCGCUUCCUUCGUCGUAGACAUGCUUCCACGCGAAUGUAGAUUGGGUCUACAUGUCCAGUCACGCUCUUACUGGGCUCCCGCGAAUAUAGGGCCGUAUUCGCAAGCGCAAUGCAUUCCGCUAAACAAGAAUACAAAGAUUGAUCGCGAUGGCGGGCUAAUUUAUAUUGCGGGGCAGAUACCCCUGGAACCUGCGUCAAUGCAGGUAUACAAUCCUCCACCAGGUGAGGAGACUAUUGGCUGGUAUAAUCCCUUUGUGUCUCGCUCGGUCUUAGCGUUACAGCAUCUUUGGCGGAUUGGGAGAGCCAUGGAGGCGGAUUGGUGGUUGGGCGCUGUGGUGUUUCUAGCUGGAGAUGAGAAUAUCUUUGCAAAAGCCAAGGCUGCGUGGGAUAUCUGGGAGCAUAUGAACCGCGAUCCAUCGUCCCUGACGGCUGGGGCCAAGGAAGGUGAUGGAAAUGAUGAUGAGACGCCAGAAUUCGAUUGCUGGGAUAUCAAGUACGGAAACCAGCGGGAUUUAGGGAACCUUUCCUCAUCGAAGGGCGUAAGGAAAAGUCUGCCAAAUUUCGAUGUCGUCAGGGGUUCUGUGUGCACGCCGCCAUUCUUCGCAGUGCAGGUCGCUGCGUUGCCACGCGCAGUUGAUAUUGAAUGGCAGGGUCUAGGGACAAGGUCUAAUCUCCUGACCACGUCCGAAGAAACACAAAUCAACAAUCGGCCAUGGACAUUGGAGCAUUCACAAGGUGCCGGUGUGGGGUCGUUCUACUAUAUGGGAAUUCAAAACGGGGAUGCACAACCCACCCAGGAUGAUUUGGAAGCACAUAUACAUGACACGAUAGAAUUCGUGAAAGCAAGAGAAAUUGAUAUGCAUGGCGAGAAUAUUGAUCAUGUUUACUCGACAGUAUAUACGUCUUACCGUCUGAGAGGCAGUUUUUGGCAGGUGGGACAGAUUGUGCCCUGUAAGUCUGUCUGGGGCUCAAAGGGUUCGAAGCUUGCUGCUGGUAUUGUUGUUCAUGUCCGCUUAAGGGGUGAAAAUCUCUGUCUGUAUCUCAUCGAUGAGCAUGAUGAUAUUUGA